CUGACUUACCACAGCUCGCUCCGAGAGAGAGGAACGCCCUGCCAUGGACUGGAAAGAAGGACAAGGACCAGUUCAGGUUCCAGGCCAGAAUGUGGCCCAGGAUGUGGCAGGGGCGGCAGGUGAGGCGUCUGGGCCCAUCCCUGCCGGCCUGGAGGCACUGUAUGCCGCCUGCCGGAGAAUAUACCCUGACCAGCCCAACCCUCUGCAGGUCACUGCUCUCGUUAAAUACUGGCUUGGUGGUCCCGAUCCUCUUGACUACAUUAGUAUGUACGCCAACCCAGGGGAUGCUAAACUGAACAUUCCUCCUCAUUGGCACUACAUUAGCUUUGGCUGCUCAGACCUCCAUGGAGAUGGCAGAGUCCAUGAACAGACAGGACUUGAAAAUCCUAGUGGAUUUGGCUUUGAACUGACAAUGAGGCUGAAAAGAGAAGAAGGAGAGAAAAAUCCACCCACAUGGCCAGCAGCAAUCAUGCAGGGUCUUGCAAAGUAUGUUUUUCAGUCAGAGUCUAUGUUGUGUGUGGGUGACCAUGUGUCAUGGCACUGCCCCUUAGACAACAGUGAGUCCAGAGUGCAACACAUGUUGAUGGGUGAGGACCCUCAACUUGGAACUGUAUCGACACCAAAUGGGUCUGUGCAGUUUGUCCAGAUUGUUGGCAUCACCACAGAAGAGCUCAAAGCAACACAGCACUGGAAUGGAGUCGGGGUUAUAGAUAUCAUUAAACGUUUGCCAGGUGCUGGUGGUCCCUGGAUGCUGACGGAUAUGAGGAGAGGUGAAAGCAUCUAUGAACUUGACCCAUCUGUUGCUGAAGAAGUGGAGAAUGGCAUUGAGACCGAAGGCUCUAAUUUGUCAGGAGUAUCAGCUAGAUUAGCCUGGACAGAAGAUGAAGCCUCAAGCUUGCCUCCACUUACCUGUCAGCCACCAAGAUCGGAGACGGAUGCUGACUCUGAGCCUUCCCCGCGCAUCUCUCACGUGGAAAGUGAGCAGAUACGCAACACCCUGCAGAAGGGACUCAUGCAAGGGGCAAACAAGACUGGCAUUGGUCAUAAUUUACAGGAAGAUAAGGGAGUUAGCAGUGAUGUGGAAGGCAAUGUUCCCACGACGGAUUCAGCUGAAUUGUUUGUCACACAAAGACUGGAGUCCCUACACCUCACCAUAAACCUAGAAUCUGGUUGUCUCCUUCCUUUGGCACUAAGAGGUCGUCUAAAGCAUGGACGGCAUUUCACCUUCAAGUCAGUAGUCGAUGUUAGUGCAGUGACGCUGGUGCCUCCCUCUGUAGCCGGUGCCUUUGUGGAUGCCAGCUGUCCGUAUGCUAGUCGUGGCCCAUGGCUGCAGGUCUUCAUACCAGAUGAUUUGCUGCCUACCAUGGUGGAGGACCUGGCUGACCUUGCUGAUCCAGACGAGGUCACUCUACCAGCAACUUUCAGGUGGCCCAACAGGAAACUUGCAAUCACCGUUGUUGCUGAAGAAAUGUGAACACUAUGAUGUGGAAGUGUUUGUGCAGCAUUUAUUCUACUCCAUGCAUUUUUUGUGCAUCUUUAUAAUCUUUAGCAAUCUAAUGGAUGGUAUUUGUCAGAAUCACUUUUGCUCUUCUGUUGUAAUAGUAGCUCAUUUUGAAUACUCAGUUCACAACUCUUGACAUAGACUUGUACUUCCCCCCCCCCCCCCCAAUAAUAUACUUUUAAUCAGAAGUGUUGUGAAAGUAUACUUAGAUAUUAUAUUCUUUGGAAUCUCAUAUAUCAUAGACCAAGGUUAAGUAACUUUAGCUUUUGCAGAGAAAGUCCCAUAAGUGUAGCUGAACUUGUGGUGAGACCAUCCACUUGUGGUAAUUGUAAUGUGCCUACAUGAAUCUUUAUGUUAGCUUGCAAUAAUAUUCUUGUAAAUUUAUUUUGAGAAUUGACGGUACGAGUCUCUUAUUUUCUUAUAUAUGAAGUGGUAUCUUCUUUACUGCUAUAUUUUGAUAAUCCCAAUGAAUGUUUUCAGAAUAACUACCUUUAUAUCCGGAAAUAUAUUGGUGUUGUUGCAUUGUGAAAGACUAUUUUUGUGUGUGUGGUAUUAUAAGGUCUUCAUAUGUAUUUCCAUGACAUUGUAGAUUAGAAAUAUAGAGGAAACAACAAGAGGAGAUCUUUGUCUAAUUGGGAUAAGAAUAAAUUAUGCUUGCUCUAAAUUCUGUAGCUGAUGCAUUAAGGGAUGAGAUAUUCUGAUGAUACAAGAAACCAAAAAUGAACAAAAGAAAAGAAAAUCCAUCUGUUUAGCAUUUAUGCACUACCCUACUGUUGUGUGGAUUUUAUUUAUACCCCUUGUUAUACCUCAUUGCCUAAUGCAUGGUGUGUAUUGAUUUCUCUUAUAGUCUGGAAAAAAUGAAGAACUGGUGACCCAUUGGAGGUAUUCAACCAUUACAGUAUCCAGUGUAUGUAAUAUCCUUUCAGUGGAAGGAAAGCAAAGAGAUAUUUUGUUUUGUAUACCAGAGUGUUUGUUUGUAGUUUGACUAUUUAUGAUAUUGUGCCUGGUAUUGUUUGGGAAACUGUGAGAAUGAGUUUGUUAAUUGGAAUAAAGAUAUGAGGAAGGCUAAAAUACAGCAGAUUUGAUUUACAAUAUACUUUUUGAUUUUACACAAAACUAAGUCCUUGUGUAUAUAUGUCUUAGCACAAGUAAUUGUUGAUAGGGUAUGCAAACCUUUUUAGGGAUGAGUAUGUAUCAGACCUGAACUGUCACCUUAUCUCAAAGUCUUUAACAGUACAGUAUAAGAAAUGACUGAUGGUCUCUUGUAUUUUGAAAACUUGUGUAUUAGACAGUGGGCAUGCAAGGCCAGGCUGGGUAAAGUACCACACUGUGAGGGAGUAUCAGUGUGGCCAUAAUACAUUUUUGAGACAGUUCUCAUGGCAAUUUUGUUAUGGCACUUUCUUCUUUUUGAUGUGUUAUUAUUGUUUUUGUAGUAGGAAUUAAAUUUAAUUAUUCAGGUAUCACUGUCAGCCAACUCAUAACAUAAAUUGACUCCUUAUGCAUUUUAACUUUCUUUGAAGGCUUGUGUCAAUUCAUUUGUCCAAAGAGACACAGAAAUUUGUCUACAAAUUAAAGGAAACAUUUUACAGAAACUGAAACUCAGUUUGUGAAGACGGUUUUUGUGUAAAUACAUUAUUGUGAGAUUAUGAGGGUGAGAUUAAUUAUGUAAUGAAUAUCUAUUGUAUGUAUUGUAACAGCUUUUAAGAAUGCACAUCUUGCAAAGCUGGUCAUUUUUACUGUGGCAGCUCAUAUAUAAGUUGAUAUAUAUUUAUGUUUUCUUACAGUAUAAGCAAGGAUAUGAAAAUAAUUUCAGCUCUGUACUCUUAUUCAUUUUAGCCAUCAAUGUGUCUGUCUGCAUCAGUGUUAACUUUAGUAGCUUUGUGUUUAAUCUGAGGGGAUGGUGUUCUCUCUCUCCUCCCCCCUCCCUCCUCUCUCCUCCUUCCUCCCACCACCACCGUCACCCCCCCCCCCCCCAUUCCUCCUCCUCCUUCCUCCUUCCUCCCUCCUCCCUCCUCCUUCCUCC